AGGAAUUUAUCUGUCAAACAGCUGAAGGAUGUGUAGUUCCUCAGGAGAAGAUAUUCGAGACACGGAAAAUAACAAAUGAUUGUGCUGAAUUGUCCGGGUUAACGACAAUGUGAAUCAUAAAUAAUAGACCAAACGACAUCUACUUCCACGAAUGUUUUCAUAAGUAUGGAGAACAAUUGUCCAAAUGGCAUGGAACCACGGGAAAGGGUUUCGGAAAUAUGGCAUGAUUAGCAAUGAACACCUCAUUUUGAGCACGAUUUCGGUGCUCUGUUUAUAAUUCCUCUUUCCCUACCGGUUUUCUUCAACAGAUUAUCAGAAUUGUUGUAAAUAUUGGAGGUAAAGGGACUGCCAAUUAAAAUUUGGCAUGCAGAAACGGGAUUACGAAAGGACUGAGGAACAAGGUCGACGAAAAAGUGCUCGCAGCAUGCAUGGUGCAAGUCGACAAGGCAGCUCCAGUAACCAAGGGGUUCUGAUGGUGGGCCCCAAUUUUAGGGUUGGAAAGAAGAUAGGAUGUGGUAAUUUUGGAGAAUUACGGCUAGGCAAGAACCUAUACAACAAUGAGCAUGUCGCUAUUAAGUUGGAACCUAUGAAAUCCCGAGCACCUCAGUUACAUCUGGAGUAUAGGUUUUACAAACAGUUAGGCCAAGCAGAGGGUGUGCCAAAUGUCUACUACUUCGGACCCUGUGGGAAGUACAAUGCACUGGUGCUGGAGUUACUUGGACCAAGUUUAGAAGAUCUGUUUGACCUUUGUGAUAGGAAAUUCUCUCUCAAAACUGUACUCAUGAUAGCAGUACAACUUAUUACAAGAAUGGAAUAUGUUCACUCCAAGCAUCUGAUCUACAGGGACAUUAAACCAGAAAACUUUCUUAUAGGAAGGCAAUCAACAAAAAAACAGCAUAUCAUAAACAUUAUAGACUUUGGUUUAGCAAAGGAAUAUAUUGAUCCGGAGACUCACAAGCACAUCCCCUACAGGGAGCACAAGAGCCUCACAGGCACCGCCCGCUACAUGAGCAUCAACACUCAUUUAGGAAAAGAACAAAGUAGACGGGAUGACCUUGAAGCACUCGGGCACAUGUUCAUGUAUUUUCUCCGAGGAAGUUUGCCCUGGCAGGGCUUAAAAGCCGACACACUCAAAGAAAGAUAUCAAAAGAUUGGUGAUACAAAGAGGGCUACUCCCAUAGAAGUGUUAUGUGAAAAUUUCCCAGAUGAGCUAUCAACGUAUCUAAGGUAUGUGAGGAGACUGGAUUUCUUUGAGACUCCAGACUACGAUUACCUUAGGAAAUUAUUCACAGACCUCAUGGCACGUAUGAGCUAUGACUGCGACUGGGAUUUCGACUGGACGGGUCGACAGCCAUCAAUCAAUGCUCAAGACAAUCCACCAAAGAAUGAGGAUCACAAUGGCCGAGAGAGGCAUCACGCGCAAGCAAAUAAGAAAAAUGUGCAGUCUGGCUUACAAUACAAAGCAUUGCCAAGUUCAAAUCAAAGGGGGCAUGCAUGGGGUGAGGCCCCCCGGCACGCCGGUAACUAUCUGGGGUCCAACCUUGCCGCAGAUAGACAUGGGGGAUCAGUUCAGGUGGUCAGUUCCACGAAUGGAGAGUUAGCACCAGAUGACCCAACAGCUGGACAGUCCAACACGCCCAUCAAUAACCCCUCAGCACACCGAGACGAGGAGAAGAGUGAGACAAAAUGCUGUUUCUUCAAAAGGCGCAAGAAAAAGAAGACGCGUCGAUCAUAGACUUGAUGCAUAACGUACCAAAAACAACCCACUUAUUUACACAUACAUACAGGCCUAAGGAAGUCACUCUCACUCUUCAAGUUGAGCCUUCCUUAACUUUUACGUAUGCAACCAAAACAAGUUUCUUUUCGCAUUUGGAACAUUUUCGCUACGCUGAAACUCGACGUAGGGACAUGACUAAACUAUAAUUCAAGCCAUGCUAACGGUUUCGAGUUUGUGUUUUUAUCCAAAACGUUUACAAUUCACACCACAGCUGGUUAGAGUUGGACAAAGAUAGGCCUCAAGUUUUCGCUACAGUAAUGGGAGGAAAAAAAUGGCUGCAAUCUCCUGCUUUUCUGUCACAGAUGUUGCUGUUUCACCCGCUCGAAAAAACGUCGGAAAGAAAAAAGGCGGAAAUGACAUGCGGCCCAGGACCAUGACCUUGAUACAGUGCCAUUGAGUUUCCCUCAGGAAGAUGACAUUGCGACGUUUGACCUAGGUCCGUCAGUGCGAUCAGUCACACCGCGAGUACAGCUAGCAUACCUAAAUCAGUCUUUCUUGAACGUUGAUAAUCAGUUUUAAAGCCUGUCUUCAGCUCUACUUCAUGUAAUUUGUUAUGUGAAUGGUUUUAAUUAAUGUGUAUAUGUGAUUAGGUUUUAAACUGAUAAGUUAGUAAAAAAAAAAACAAUGAAGAAAUUUCAAAUGUGCAUGACAAUUUAGAUGUAGUCAUAGCUCUCUGUAGGAGUUCUUCAAUAUCUGUAGUUGCCAAUUAUGACAUUUCUUCUUUUCCAAUUUUAGUCUCUUUUAAAAUUAUAAGUUCAUCCACUUAUUACAUGGGCACAUAUGCUUAGUUGAUAGUGUGAGAACCUUGUGUUGCUGAAUAAUUGAAAGUUGGUAUUUAAGAAGAUCUAUCUGGUGUCAGCUUGGUCUGCCAUAGUCCUGGUAUAAACAUUCAACCUAGAAAUCUUUUAAAAGCAGCACUGAAAGAUUAAGGGGUAUAUUUUGUACACAAAUCUGCUACUGUUGUAUAGAUCUGGUAGCCUUUCGUGAUUUUCGACACUUAGAUCACAUACUGCCAUUCAUUGUUUAGAAGCCGUUAGAAGCCAGCCACAAGUAGACUUAGUAGUGAUAAAUCACUAUUUAUAGUCCUCUUUAUUUGUGUUCGUGACUAGAUGUUCAGUGUGAUCGGUGGCUGGGGUUCAAGUCCUCUGUCGGUGUCAGUAAAAAUAAGUUCACAACAAAGAGCUAGGCAUUAACAAUUUUUGACUUUCUAUUUUUGUAAACACAAAAUACACCCCUUAAUUGAAUCUUUGCUUAGCAUAGAAAAGUACAAAUUAUUCUUAAGAGGCAAUGUAAGGAUAAAUAAUUAAUUCCUGUCAUUCCCGACUUUUCAUUCACAAUUUUAAUUCUCUUUGCUUUAGACUUUUUUGACGAGUGGUGUUUCGGGCGAGUGUUUGGAGGAUAUUAUGUAUACAUUGGACCAAGAUAUAGUCGAGGUUUGAUGGUCUAAGACAUGUGUGAAUGGUUAUCUCAUACCCACCUGGGGCUAAACGUUCCAUUGGUUCAGGUGGUUUAGAAUGGGGUAAACAUUACACCAGAUAGUGAAACCGACAUUUCAGGGAUUCGGUUCCAUGGCUUGUGUAGUUUGGUUCAAAAUGAGGUAGAAAAAGAGGCCACCUGUUUUGUUUGUCUAAAUCAGAAAAUAAUUGCGACUUUGUUUAUUGAAUAGAUAUAGGUGUUAUUCGUUGUUUUGUUAUCUUUCAUUAUCAAAAGAUAGAUUUUUAACAGUUUUAUGAUUUAGCCAAAAGUUUAAACUUCAGGGCGAUGACUGAUGGUGUGAUUAUAUAUUGUACGUCAAAGUCAGGUAUUAUCGCAGAUUUUCAUUUGUUCAGAAUGGGCUGCUCCUAUCAGCAGAUUUCAUAGUGUGUAUAGAGAGAAAGUGGUAUGUAUUUGUAUGUAAGGCAGUGGAUGGUAAGAGUGUUAAAACAUUAAUGAUGAAAAUCUACUGAAAUAUUUGACUUUGACUGUUAAGUACUGAGAACCGUUUUUUGCGGUAGCCGAGUAUUACAGCUAAGAACUGCUCUGGGACAGAGGUUACACGCAUCUGUGUUAGUUAAUGACAUGUAGAGAUAGGGAUUGGUUAAGUGCUAUUUACA